UUCCUCGCGCAUGCGUAGAGGACUCAGCUGUCACUAGCAAGCGCAUGGACCUACUGAUGCUAACAAACAUUUUCUGAGCAACAUCAGCACUUAGCUGUCCUCCUACUGUAAUAACAACGCGAAUAAGACAUGCCACGUCUCAGUUCAGUUCAACAGAAAGUGCCAUGUUUAUUUUUGACGGAAGUGAAACAGGAACAAUCCAGAAAACGGCUUGGCCAGCCGUUUCAGGUUAUUGCCACUGAACACCUCAACCCCUUGGCGUUAGAAUCUAACGUGGAGAAUGCGCUAGCCACAGAAAAACUGGAUGGCACCUGCUGCUAUGUGACAUAUUAUGAAGGGCAACCAUAUCUCUGGGCUCGACUGGACCGAAAGCCUACCAAACUAGCCGACAAGAGCUUCAAAAAAUAUCAGCAUUCUCACAAAAGUUCUAAAGGUUUCACAUGGAAGGUAGAGGAGGACUUCAGGACCGUUCCAGAGGCUUGGAUCCCAGCUCACGGUGUCAAACAUCACGAGGGAACACCAGUCCCUGACGAUCACGGACAUAUUCCAGGCUGGGUUCCGGUGCAGACGGACAACAAGCAGUACUGCUGGCACUCCUCCACCGUGGACUACGACGCCGGCGUCGCCCUGGUCCUACGGCCCGGAGACCAGUGCCCCGACCUGCUGGAGCUGGCCCUGGUCCCCCUCGUCGACCUGAUGGAGCAAACACUGGAGCUCAUCGGCACCAACGUCAACGGGAACCCGUACGGGAUGGGGGCCAAGAAGCAGCCCCUUCACGCCCUAGUGUCCCACGGCAGCGUGGGGGUUGGAGGGUCCUCCCCCCCCCCACUGGACCUCCAGGGACUGACCUCCUGGUUCCAGGAGAGCCGCGAGGGUGGGGUGGAGGGCAUCGUGUGGCACUGUGACGACGGCACCCUGGUCAAGGUCCACCGCCACCACCUGGGUCUGGGCUGGCCGGACGGCGACUGCUCCUUCAGCUCGAGGCCCGUGGAGGUGCGCGUCGACUGGACGGCGGACCACGAUUACCGCCUCCCCACCAAGGAUCUGUUCGCCUCCCUCUCCCGGCUGGACGGACAGCGCUUCAGCCGGCUACAGGACGUCCGCUUCGACACGUAGCGUCGGAUCCCUCAACGUCCACCCCUAGACUCGAUACUUUCCUUUACAACAUUUGAUGAGAUGCCAAACUCUCGAGCCAAUUGCCACAGCUGCUUGACAUUACCCAUGAUGAAGAUUGAAAGCUUUGUGCUGAAGAGGCACAAAAAAAACGUCAUCCCACUGGGGAGUUUGGCAAGGUGACGCAUGGUUAUAUUAUCAGAAACGAGUAACAAAUAAAAUGUUAUACCAUAUAUAUAUAAUGAACCAAUAGUCAAGUCAGUGCACUCGCCGACCACCAAGGGGCGCUGUCGCACCGCAUUGGAUGACCUCGCAAUCAGUGGAGAAGCGGAGACCCAUUUGCCACAAUCGUUUGCAGCUUUUUUUUUUUUUGUCGAAUUUAAUACUUAAAACGACUAUGUAAAUAUAUACCAGAUGUUGGGUAACAUGCUAUUUAAAAGAUCCAAACAUGACAUGUAUUGUCUUUUAUUGGCAGUGGGUACAAAAAAUAAACAUCUGCACGGUAACGUAGUUCAUAAUAAAGGAUUUAUUAGCACUUUUUACGAAGAAAUAAAGUGGUGGACUGUAUGAAGCAGAUCUCUCACACUGUUUUGUAUCAGGAAUAAUUGGAAUGUACAAACCUGCUUCUAUUUGCCAUAAUCAACUCAUUUACAGAUGAUAUAUUUUACAGGGUUAUCAAACCAUUGGAACAGGUAAUAUCAGUAGCUGUUAUCUGAUCUGAACCACCCUAUGGGCUUUGGGCCUGUGGUUUCAAUACAGUGUUGGGUUACUUUUAACAGCCCUCUUGUGGUUUGUAAUGGCUUAGGUGAUUGACACACUGGGAAUAUUAGCUGGCACGCCAAACUGCGUGCAAACCUUCCUCAGCUCUUCUUCCAGCAGAAUGUUCUUCUUCACCUCCAAAUUGUAGUUGAACUUCAGGUCUUCAAUCUCAUCGAAAAACUUUGGGUCAAAGUUCUCCAGGGCUCGACUCAGCUUCUUCACCUCCCCUUGUAAACGUUUCUUCUCGGUCUCGGAUGCUUUC